AUCAAAGCCGAGGAUGGUAUCGAUGCUGGGAGCCACACAAUUGUCACCAUGGUAAUAAAGGCGUCCUGUCUAAAUUCUGAAGAGUGCGUGGCUCGCCUUAGCUCUACACGCGCCAUUCUUCUCAGGUAUAACGAGUGAGAAAGAAUUUCAAAGCUGCGCACCAGACUGGACUGCAGGAUCACAUUGUGCUCGAGCUAGACCCGAGAAAUUUUGCACGCAGGCUUCUUUGCAAAAUGGUUCCGUUCGCACUGUCUUUGCCUAUGGGAGGACAGGUUAUCAUGGCUGCGGGUGCAAAGUCUGAAAAGAAAGGGUUUUUCGAUUGGCUGAGUGAUGCGUUGGACAAAGACGGACUGCUGGAAGUUGAUCCUCUCUUAGGGAAGGCAGGGGACGGAAAGAGUGGCCCAUCUCCGGCUGGAAAGAAGGGUCCUGCAUCGGCUCCACAAAAGAAGUUGAAUUUUUUUAAGAAGUGAUCACUUACGGAGAUCAAGUAGACGAUUGCAAAAGAUCAAGAUUAUUUUGAGACGGCAAGGGGGGACGAUACACCCUGUCGUUGUCGGACUUGAAAGCAUUUUAUUCUGCAACUGGCUUGAGGAAUUACUUAUGUAAAGAUUCAAAUACGUACACAAAGCGAAUAGAGUAAUCUGCCUCUUCUCAGGCCAACGGGCGAACACUGGAAGCAAUAUGGCUGGACAGGUGUAAAUAUUGCCACCUUACUAUGGAGACUCUUGCAACCACGAUCUUAUCGAUGUCUCAUUUGCUGC